AGCAGUAGUAGUGGUGGUAGGGUUAGUAUAAUUCCGGGAAAAUAUAAUCUUUCUGGCAUCCCAACUCCAGGCCCUGGGAUGGACGCCGAGCCUCAUCCUGGCAUUUACCUUCAUCCUGGUAACUCACAAGUCCCCGGACUAAAAACAGGAAACGACCAAUGAGGCUGAUUUUGAUCAUUCAAGGAUGAUCACAACUUUAUAUUGAUAAGGAUGAGUUCAGCUGCAGAUGAGCAGGAGACUGGAGCUGCUUUAGCGACGGUGAAGACAGUGACUCUGAGUCAGGACAGUGAUGGAAGCAUCAUCCUGCAAUGUCCUCCAAACGAUGAAGACUGUGAGCCUCUUCAGAAGAAGCUGCAUCUCCCUUCAGAUGAACAGGAUGACGCAGACUCGCAUCAAUUCUCCGUGGUUACUUUACCCAUGCCAGAUAAUGAUGAAGGCUUCGAAGUGACGAUGACGGCAACAGCAGACGGUGGUUUGUCUGAUGAAAGUGUGGCUCAGAUACAGAUUCUCCAGGAGGAUGAAGAAUCAUUGUUGACCAAUCAGAAGACAGAAGUGUCUCCAGUCAGUCAGGCCUGGUUCACGACUAAAGAAGACAAAGACACUCUGGUCAAUAAAGGUCAUAAGUGGAAACAAGGCAUGUGGUCCAAGGAGGAGAUUGAAAUCCUGAUGAACAACAUCGAUCGAUAUUUAAGGGAGCGAAGCAUUGACGAUCCUGCUGAGAUCAUUUUCGAAAUGUCCAAAGAGGAAAGAAAAGAUUUUUACCGCUCGGUGGCUCAGGGUUUAAACCGACCGCUGUUCGCUGUCUACAGACGAGUUCUCAGAAUGUAUGACAACCGAAACCACAUUGGCAAGUACACGUUUGAGGAGAUAGAAAAGCUGAAGUCUUUGCGUCAGAAACACGGAAAUGACUGGGCGACGAUCGGAGCAGCUCUGGGCCGCAGCGCCUCUUCUGUGAAAGAUCGAUGUCGACUCAUGAAGGAAACCUGCAACACAGGUAAAUGGAGUGAGGAGGAGGAGCGACGCCUCACUGAGGUUGUGUAUGAGAUGGCAGGCGUGACCCCAGGCUCAGCCGUCACUGGUGGCGUCUCCUGGGCGUUGGUCGCCGAUCGCGUUCGCACUCGUUCUGAGAAACAGUGUCGGUCGAAGUGGCUGAAUUAUCUGAACUGGAAACAGAGCGGAGGCACAGAGUGGACGAAAGAGGACGACCUCAACCUCGUACAGAGAAUCUCCAAGUUGGAGGUAGAGGAUGAGAACGACAUCAGGUGGGAGGAUCUAGCGGGAGGAUGGAGCAGUGUCCGCUCUCCGCAGUGGCUGCGAUCAAAGUGGUGGAGCAUCAAGAGGAACGUGUCCAAUCACAAGGACAUUCCCUUCCAUGUUCUCCUGAAAGGCCUCCAGGAGGCGAUGGAAGCCUCAAAUCAGUCCGGGUCAGUAGAAGGAAGUCCUGCCGCCUCCUCUACUUCCUCCAACUCCUCGCUUCAAAUCCACCUCACACGAUUAGAAGAAAGUGGUAGCAGUAGCUCCCCCUCCAGUUCUGUGGCGGCGCUGCAGAUUCCAGUCCAGAUCCCUCUGCAGAUCACACACUUAGCUACAGACUCUUCGGCAGCUGCAGCCAAUGACAGUGAGACUAUUACUCUAAACACUGGAGCUUUACAAACGUUCGAGAUUCUCCCAUCCUUUCACCUUCAGCCGACUGGCACGCCGGGCACCUUCUACCUCCAGACAAUGUCCAACCAGAGUCUUCCACUCAGUUUAACCAGUACCGGCACGAUGACCCUGACCACAGGCUCCGCCCCCUCACCACAGGAACACAUCAUUCUCCACAGUCUGUCGGCCGACGGCCUCUGCUCCAGUGACGGCGUCAUCAUCCAGACUGUCAGUUCUGACUCUGCUUCCACAGACCCUCUCAGCCAAUCACAACUGGUGGUGGAAACUGAGGGGCAGGAUCAGGGGCAUGAAAACCAACUGGACGCUGCAAGUCUCCUGGAAAAUUCAGAGAACACUGGUGAAGGAGAGGAACCACAGCAACAGAUGACAGACACUUUCAAUGAAAAGGAUAUAAGCUCAACUGCUGUAGAAGAAACAGUGGUGCAUUCUGGGAUUGCGUCAGGUACCACAGUCCUGAUUGUGUCUCCUCCAAACAUCAGCAGCACACUGACAGAUCCCAUCCUGGAAAAUCAGGAAGUCUCGGAUUAAGAAUAACCAUCAUCACAGAUUUCACGGGCUGCCGGAUCGGAGGCUGAAGAUGAUCUGCACGACUGCUCUCUCUCAGACAGAAGCAGCAUCUUGUCAGUAACAGACUUCAACAACUGGUGAUUCAUGUUGGAAGACCUGACAUCGAACCGUAACCCUCCAGGAUGAAAUGGGAACUCAGCCCUUCACGUUUUUCAUGAUGCCAAAGAGACUUACCGAAGGAAACUUUUCAUGUUUUUUUUUUUUAAGAUUGAAUAUUUAAUAGAAAACUAUAUCAUGAACUAAUAAAUCAUGUUGAACAGAAGAACCAUUGUAACAAA